AUGGGACAUUUCUACUCCUUUGGUAUCACCAAUGGAGACACAGCCACGCCCCGGAUUGAUGAUGGAAGCUCUCCUGUAGUCUCCCUUGCUGUCAACAUUCCCUUUUUUGGACAAAUAUACCACCAGUUAUAUGUGAACAACAAUGGCUUCAUAACAUUUGACACACCCAUGAGUACUUAUGUCCCCUAUCGAUUUCCGGCCCGCUCAGGCAUUGAUAUCAUUGCGGGUUUCUGGACCGAUAUCGACGAUAGAAACAAUGGGAUCAUCUCAUACCGACAGGUUACCAGUGGAAGUGUCCUUCAACAGGCUACAAGUGACAUCAACCAAUACUUCCCUCUGAUCCAAUUUACCGCCAGAUGGGUUUUUAUGGCAACUUGGGAUAGGGUGGCCUAUUACCCAAAUAGUGGCACGGAAACCACAUUCCAGGUUGUUCUUAUCUCAGAUGGGACAUAUUCUUUUGUUCUCCUGAACUAUGGAAUUAUAGCAGCAACUAAUAAAGUUAUAGAGGCUGGAUAUGACACAAGAACCUCAGACCAUCAUUUUGUCAUCCCUGGAUCCUUUCAAAGCAACAUUACCAAUCUGAUGUACACCAGCAACGUCAAUGUUCCGGGACGCUGGGCAUUUCGUACUGAUUCUGGAAACACCGGCUGCAUGUUUAAUGGCAAUCCGGUGCAGGUGGGAUACAGCUUUUGGAGUGACCAUACAUGCCGGAGUAAGUGCACCUGUGUGAGCAGUGGCAAUCUGAGAUGCCAAACUCAGCCGUGUGGCUUCGACCAGGUGUGCCAGGUCUCCACUUUCCAGUACUCCUGCCAGACUGUGCCGAGAAGGACCUGCACCAUUGCAGGGGACCCCCACUACUACACCUUCGACGGCAGACUCUUUCACUUCCAGGGCACCUGCACAUAUGUUCUCUCCCAGACCUGUGGCAGCAGAGCCCAGGGGCUAGCGCCUUACCGCGUGGAGGGCAAGAACGAAAACCGCGGGAACACAGUGGUGGCGUGGACAAAGCUUGUGCGGAUUAUUGUCUACGGAGAGGAGAUUGAGCUGGUGAAGGGCAACACAGCUCAGGCCAAGGUGAACGGCAGCUUUGCCACAGCUCCUUUCUCUCUGCACAAUGGGACUGUCCGUAUCUAUCAGACUGGAUUCUCUCUGGCAGUCAGCACUGACUUUGGCUUGACAGUGGCAUAUGACGGCUACAGCUAUGUUACCAUCAGUGUGCCAUAUGACUACCUCAAUGCCACCUGUGGCCUCUGUGGCACCUUCAAUAACAACCCUGCAGACGAUUUUCUCUCCUCUUCUGGCAGCGUCCUGAGCUCCGAUGUAAACUUUGCCAACAGCUGGCAGGUGUACAGUGAUAGUGAACCAGGCUGUCAGCCUCCUUGUGUGGGGGCAUCUUGUGCAGUGUGCCAGCCACAACAACGAACCCUCUUUUCCAGCAUUUCCCACUGUGGCAUACUGGAAAAUCCUGUGGGAGCCUUCAAUGUCUGCCAUUCCAGGCUGCCCCCCAGCUCUUUCGUAGAAAGCUGUGUCUAUGACUUAUGUGUGGGUAGAGGAUACCAGCCUAUCUUGUGCCAGGCACUGAAUGUAUACGCUACGCAAUGCCAACAGGAAGGACUCCAUCCUGGUCAAUGGAGAAGACAAGGAUUCUGCGAAAUCGCUUGCCCUGCCAACAGCCACUUUGAACCUCAGGGCACAGGAUGUCCUGCUACAUGCGCUGACCCUCAAGCGCCAUCCCACUGCCCUCUGCCCUCUCAGGAGAGCUGUAUAUGUGACACAGGGUUUGUUCUGAGCGCAGGGACGUGCGUUCCUGCGGCCCAGUGUGGCUGCACCUUUGAGGGGCGGUACUACAGUUUCGGCCAGACCGCGCUGUUGGGUGCGGAUUGCGGCCGCAGGUGCACGUGCCAAAAUGGUCAGAUGAGCUGCCAGGCUCAUGCGUGUGGCCCCCAGGAGGCCUGCCGCAUUGAGAAUGGUGAGCGAGGCUGCUACCCCCUGAGCUAUAACAUGUGCUGGGUGGAAGGGGCCAGGCGGUACCGCACUUUUGACGGGCUGACAUUCGAGUACCCUGGAGCCUGUAGCCUGACCCUGUCCAAGGUGAUGGGGCAGUCCUCCUUGCGCCGCUUCCUGGUGACUGCUAAGAAGGUACCCAGAGGCACACCGGGAGUUGAAUUUGCCCGAAUCCUGAGAUUUGAGACCAGUGGUGUGGAGAUUUCCAUUAAAAUGGGACCAAAUCCCAUUGUACAGGUGGGUGGACAGAGUAUAAGCCUGCCUUUCAGAAGAGAGGCAGAAGGGGUCCAGGUGUACUUGGCCAGUUUGAGCCGGGUGGUAGUACAGACUGACUUUGGUGUCCGCAUGGAAGCAGACUGGCCUCACCUGGUGAGGUUGACGGUUCCCAGCACUUACAAUGGGACACUUGGAGGGCUCUGCGGGAACGACAACGGAUAUGAGACUUGUUUCAGCAGCUCGGGCACAAUGUCACUGUCCAGAUGCCUGCUGUUUGAAGAAGGAUUCCCUCCCCACAUUUUGCAUCUCAAUGAUCCCAACUGCACUGGGACUGUUGUUGAUGGUCGGGUGGAAUUUCUCUUUGACAAUGACAACCAAUCCUGUGGAACAUCACUGAUGACAAACGGCACACAUUUCAUCUAUAAAAACUCCAUCCAAGGGGCCAUUGACUCCAGUGGUGGGGUCAUCAGUCGGACAAAGCAAAUAGACCUGAAGUUCAGCUGCGAGUACCUACUGUCUGAGACCAUGUCUUUGCGCUUUGGCAUUCAUCCAUUGGAGAGCAUUGUGAGGAAGAAGAUACCAUCAGGCAUUGGGACCUACCAGGUGCGCUUGGUUCCUUACCAAGAUCCACAGUUCAGUCAUCCUUUCACGGGGUCUCAAGUGGACCUAGCGCUCAACCAGAGGAUUUAUAUUGGAGUUUCUGUGAGUGGAGUGGAUGACCGGCAGUUCUCCAGUGUCCUUGAGUCCUGUUGGGCAACUCCUGUGAACGACCCAUUUUACAGCAUUCGAUGGAACCUCAUUACCCACGAGUGCCCCAGCUCUGAUGACAAGACAGUGGAGAUCAUCCAGAACGGUGUCUCUACCACCAGCCAGUUCUCCUUCAUGAUGUUUACGUUUGCAGGAAACACCUCCACAAUCUUCCUGCACUGUCAAGUCAAGAUCUGCUUACUUGCAGGCAAUGACUGCACUGCGCGGUGUUACCCAGGAUACCAUCGCAGAGUGGCCAGGGCUGUGAAUUUCCAUGAUGGAACCUCAAUUUCAAUGGGCCCUCUGACUUGGUCACAGCAAAGAUCAGAUCAAAAAGUUCGAUCUGUGACGGAUGGAUCGUCUGUUUUCUAACCCAGCCUCCUUCUGCUGCUGUGUGUUAUUAGUGCUAUGCUGAUGGGAGAGAUAUCAGUGAUCUUUCAAAUUUAAAGACUAAAUUUAGAGUUUCAGGGAUACUUGUAUUGGGGACACACUACUACCUUUUCAUUGCCAUUUAAGCAGUUGAAUGUUUGGUAUAGUAUAGAUGGAGUGAGUCAUUAGCUAUACAAUACAGUUCUACCAAUAUUCCUAGAUAUAUUCCAUUUCCUUCACCAAGCAAACUGUUUCUAAUAAACAGAAGAAUGCUAAUUAGUAAGCAA